AUGUCGGCCGUCUCACCUUGCAUACAUUUUAAAGCUCAGCUCACAUUUUCCGUGUUGCAUGGUCGCGUUGCAUCCUGCCCUACCUGCCUAGUGGUGGAAACAAUGGGCAGGCUGGUGCGCAACAGAAGAAUUUGUGUAAGACUGAUGCUGGGCCAGAAAAAACAUCGCUUCAAAAGAAACGCCCAAAUAAAGCAGACAAGCGUCAGUGUGGCCCAGUUUGGUCGCCUUGUACAGAAAGAAGGCCAGCCGAGCCCUGCAAAAGCAGAGCGCUCCUUUGCUUUUAAAUGCACAUCAACUGGCUGCAAGCUGGAUGUAUAG